AUGUGGCAGCAAGAGGUGAAAAAAUGCGCAUCUCCCACCGGGCAAGUUUUAUACAAUCGUACGGACGCGAGCUACCGGUAUGGUGGGAACAAGAUUGCACAAAACGAUCACUUCGCACUGGGUGCAGUUGCUGUGGGCUUUCAUCCCCAAAACUGCUUCAUCCGUAUGGUCUUGCACGACGGCAAUAACUUCUACAUUUCUAGUAGCGGCAGAGAUAGAGAUCGGGCCUACAACAAGCGACUGCCGGUGCCAGUACGGGACACUAAAGUGGCAAGAGUGCACUACAAGGACAAUCAAUUUGUGCUAAACUUUGCAGAUGGAAAGAGCACUGAUACUGGAAGCGUGAGUGGCGGGGAAAGCACGAACAUUAGCUCUGCGAGGCACUUGGCAGGAAUGAUAAUUGGGGAUGACUCGAAGCCUCAUUUUGUUUCUUCGGGGAGGUGA